AUGUUCUGCUAUAAAUAUAAGUUCCUUUCAUCCUAGAAAUACAAUAUUUUUAUGUUAAAAGAUGAGAUUCACUUAUAGCAUGUAUUUCUCAAUAUUAUGUAGGAAAAUGAAAUUGAAAUAAUAAAACUUAACUCCUUCCAGCCUAGAUUUAAAUGGUCAAAAUGCGACAUUUCUGACAUUGGAUAAUUUGAGUUAUUCGAUAAUUAAAAGAGCAGAAUCUAUAAGAUAGAUCCCUCUAUGGGAUUGUUGUUAAAGGAAUUUUUAAAUGGAAAAGUAUGCUUCUAAGGAAUCAAUAAUCAUUUCAAAAUAGCAAAAAUCAUCUCAAACGGAAAUUCUAGUUCUGUAUACUAUAGUUCUAUAUUAUAGAUUGUAAGAAUGAGACAUCUUCAAAAUGAAGAAUUGGUCACCUGUAAAAUUUAUAAAUAAGGCAGAUCAGAAUUAGAAUAAGUAUUCAAUCUAGACAUUAAUAGGAAUUUAGAAAUGAAGUCUUAGCUCUCUAGUUAUUAAAACAUAAGAAUUUACCAAAAAUUAGAGAAUAUUAUAUAGAAGCCAAUCAUAAUUAUAUUAUUUAUGAUCUCUUUGAAGGACAUCCACUUGAUAUUUGUAUAAAGAAUAAUAUUCUUGAUGAUCAAUAGAUGAUUCAUAUUAUGAAGGUAUUGUAGAUAAUUAUAUAAUAAAGGAAUUAUUAAAAGUUGUUUAAUUUAUGAAAAUGGAAGGAUACUCUCAUUAAAAUAUAAAAUUAGAAAACAUUUAUUAUUAUUCGUUGAUGAGUCAAAUAACUCUAAUCGACUUUGGAAAAUCUUUGUUCAAAAAUCAAUCAGUUACAGCUGGUGAUUCUUACUUCUCAAAAACAACUAAAGAUAAUUCAGAAUUAAAUACUUAAACUUGUCGAAAUACAUAUCCAGAUAAAGACUAUUUUGACUGUGGCUUAAUAUUUAUAUAAAUGUAUUUAUAUAUUUAGAAGUAGGAUUACUAAAAAAAUAGUUAAUUAUAAAGAUAUCCAUUAUUCAGAUGAUAAUAAUAUAAUAAUGGGUUUAAUUACAGAAAUUCAUAACCAAAAAAUUUCAUCUUUCCUUAUGAAAUUGUUAUCAUAAAAUAAAG